UUUCACGCUCGCCAGGAUGCUUGUGUAUUUGUAGCUGGUCUCUGGUAUCGUGAAUAAGGCUUUGUAUUCUGCCGUGUGGUCGGCUUGCCUGUGCAUUACUUUUUGCCUCUGUGGAUUAACACUUUUACCACUUCAAAAUUGAACAUUUUACUGAAAAGGAAUAUGUCUAUUUACAUUUGGCUUGUGAUGCUUAUAGCUGGAACAGCAGCUAUGUUACUGCCACAACCAGAAGAAUUUGGCAUUAAGAGGCUGGACAUCACAAAGAUUAACAAAGGUUUGAAUAUGCGUGAAGGUGACAUCAUGGAGGUCAGAGGGAGGAGCUCUAUCUUGGGACAGGAGAAACGUUGGGAUCUGCCAAUACCUUAUUUGUUAGAUGCUAGUCUUGACAUAAAUGCCAAAGGAGUCAUUCUCAAGGCUUUUGAACAAUACAGACUAAAAACCUGCAUUGAUUUCAAGCUCUGGGAUGAAUGUGAAGCAUUUUUCAUCUCAUUUGGAAAUCUUGGCGGAUGUUGGUCAUUUGUUGGAAAAAUACCAAAACAUCUGUAUCAACUGCAACCACUCUCCAUCGGCCCUUACUGUGAUGAGAUCAGUACAGUUGAGCAUGAGCUUCUUCAUGCUCUGGGAUUCUAUCACGAACAGUCCAGAUAUGAUAGAGAUGAAUAUGUCACAAUCAAGUGGGAGAACAUUGAAUCAGGGAAGGAAUCCAAUUUUGCAAAAGAGUUCAGCAACACCAGCAGCACCCAAGGCAGUCCAUAUGACUACUGGUCUGUGAUGCACUAUGGACCAACUGGCUUCAGUACUGGAGAACCAACUAUCAUCACGAAGGAUGCAGAGUUCCAAGAUGUGAUUGGUCAGAGACUGGAAAUGAGCCCCCUUGAUGUUGAGGAGCUCAACAGACUCUAUGGAUGUAAUGACUCAAUCUCCUUCCUGGAGCACUGCAGCUUUGAUGAGGACACGUGUGAGAUGAGUUCAACUGGAUGGGAGAGAGUGGGCCAAGCUGAUGGAGGUCCUCAGACUGACCACACCUAUCUGGGCAUGGAAUCUCACAAUUCCAGGUUUUUCAUGCAUGCCAACACAAGAGGGGGAUCAGGGGAAUUCUCCACUCUACAGACCAGGAGGUGGAUUCCUAGAAGAACUAGCAACAUCCAGUGCCUUGAGUUCUUCUAUUACAAUAGUGGGAAUGAAACUGAUCAGCUCAACAUCUGGAUGACCGAGUUUGAGAGUGAAGAGGACACCAUAGGAACUCGCAGACUCAUGGGCCAGGUUACAGGUUCUCCAGCUGAUUAUUGGCAACUCCACUAUGCUCCUCUGAACGCCACUAAGACGUUUCAGGUGGAGCUUGAGGCCCGCAAAGGAGCAGGAGAGUCCAGUGGUGGGUUCUCUGUGGAUGACAUCAACCUGUCAGAGACCGAAUGCCCUCAUCAGACAUGGCAGAUCAGGAACUUCGAACAACGUCUGAACGCCAGUGCAGCAGGCACAAUAUACAGUCCAGCAUACUACACCAGUGAUGGCUAUAGGUACCAGAUGUAUCUGAAACUUAACAAUACAGAAAUGUCUGCAUAUAUUCGCCUGGUGUCUGGGGAUAAUGAUGACCAGCUUCAGUGGCCUCUGCAGUGGAGGCAGAUGACUUUACUUGCCCUGGACCAGACCCCUGACGUUAGGCAACGCAUGUCUAAGCAAUUCAGCUUCACCACAGAUUCAGCGAAGGACUAUGAGGCAGUGUUUUGGUACAACCCUUGGUUAAAUGGAACGCAUAAUGGAACAGAUGAGAAUGGUGAACCUCUGUAUGCUAAUUGGGGUUAUGGCGAGGAUAACUGGAUGAACCUACAGAGCCUUAGAAGAAGAUCCUUCUUAAAGGGAGGGGACUUGUUUCUUAUGGCUGACAUACAAGACAUUUCAUAUCUUCUUCAAAAUCAGACAAAUCCAUGCAAUGACUACACAUGGGAUUACGGAUGUGAGGACAUUUUUUGCAGUGCCUGUUCCAAGAUGUACUUCUCUCCAGUGGUGCUGGUGGUGACAUGGAUCAUGUUCUUAAGUGUGUGAUCAUCGGAUCACUGACAUCAAAUCUCAACUGUUGAUUGAUAAUCUUAUGGCCUGAGUAUACUUCGGCCGGCGGAUAUGGUCUGUGAGAAUGACAGGCUGAACCGCCAGUUGUGCUGCACCAAAGUUUUGUGACCAUAUUAUUUUGCGUUGACUCUCUCUGACAUAUUUUCAAGCACUGGUGCGAUGUAUUUACGCUAAUUUUACUUUUGCACUUCCAUGCAAAGAAAGCACAGAUAUUUUUUUUCUAUAAUUUUUUUUUUAAUUGGAAUUUUGUAAAACAGUGAAUUGUAAAACAGGUGCCAAAAUAUUGCCCAAAUAUAUACAAAGUACUGUAUAUGGUUAAAGAGUUUAUCCAUCCACCCAAAUACAUCCAAUACAUCCACUCCAAACCUCAGUCUCACUCAUUCUGCUACACUCACGAAAAGAAGCAAUAAUAUAACAAAACAAAACCAUUUUUAAAUUUUUUGACAUAUAUUUACUCAUUGCACUGAUACUAUUUGAAACACUGUGUUUGGGUGACAUGAGACAUAUCUGAAGUAACAAACAAUAAUGAUCAUAUAGCAGUGUACAGCACAUCCGUAUCCACAGAAGUAAACUCAAUGCCUUAUAGCCUACUGUAUUGGUUGAAUGAUUAACUCUAUAUGGGUAUAUAUUCUGGAUAGGGCUGUGCAAUUAAUCGAUUUUAAAUCGUAAUCGCGAUUAUGUGUUUAAAUCGAUGUUAAUUGUAAAUUUUUUCACUUUACUAGGGUAAUUAUGGUACUUAUGUUUAAUAGUGUUUAAUUUUGUGGCAAAAGUUCAAUAAUUGUUCUUAAUAUUAAUCACUUAAAAUGAAUUAUUACUGUAAUAAUUAGCCUAAUAUUGUCUAAUAAGAGCAAGAUGUGCACUUAAAUCCCAAUGGCAAAAUUAUUUGCAAAAUGAUCAAUAAAAAUCAGCAUAUUUGAAAUAA